AUGACUGUGCUGGACUUGUGGCUGUCGCGCUCCAUCCCCAUGUGCCUGCUCCUUCAGAGCCUUGUCCUCAUGGCCCUGUGCUUCCCCUCGGCCAGCAUGUGUCCAAAGGGGUGCAUCUGCCAACGCGACCCCCACCUCCACGGCCUCAACGUCACUUGCAGUCAGUCCCGCCUCAAAGAAAUUCCCCCCAGCCUUCCAGUCGACACUGUCCUGCUGAGGCUGGACCACAACCAGAUAGGCGCCGUGCCCGAUCAAGCCUUCCAUGGACUCAGGCUUUUGAGGGAGCUCAACCUUUCAUACAAUGCAGUGGAGACUUUAGGGGAAGGUGCCUUCAGUGGCAUAGAGGCAACGCUACAGGUGUUGGACCUCUCCCACAACCGCAUCACUAGCGUACACAAGGAUGCCUUCGCUCGGCUAAAGGCCCGUGUCAUUGUGGAUGAUAACCCCUGGCAUUGUGACUGCGCCCUCCAGCAGGCCAUCGGCGGAAUGGCCCACAACCACGAGGCUGCUGCCCGAGUCCUCUGCAGGAGCUCAGAGCUUCGUGACCAGGAAGGAAGACCUUUCUUGGCGGUGGACACCGACCUCUGUAAUCUAGCCAAAAGGACCACAGACUACGCUAUGCUGGUGACCAUGUUCGGCUGGUUUGCCAUGGUCAUUUCAUAUGUGGUGUAUUAUGUCCGUCAGAACCAGGAAGAUGCCCGACGCCACCUGGAGUACCUCAAGUCUCUCCCCAGCAAGCCCAAGAAACCUGACGAGGCUGAUGACAUAAGCACUGUUGUCUGA